AUGUCGACAUACGAUGGAUCUGAAAUCACACUAGAAACAGUUCAAUCAGAGAAAGAUGUAGGAGUAACUAUAGAUUCAAAGCUAAAGUUUGAUAAACACAUACAGACACAAGUCAACAAAGCAAAGCAACUAGUUGGGAUUAUUAGAAGAACUUUUAAAUAUUUAGAUUAUAAAAGCUUCUGCCUACUAUUUAAGGCGUUAGCCCGUCCUCAUCUUGAAUAUGCUAGUAGUGUAUGGAACCCCCACAAAAAGAAAGAUAUUGAGAUAAUUGAAAAUGUACAACGUAGAGCUACAAAGAUGUUACCCAACCUUAAAGAUUUGUCAUACGAGGAACGCUUAAAAAUUCUGAAAAUUCCAACUCUAAAAUUUAGAAGGCUAAGAGGCGACAUGAUAGAAACAUACAAGAUAACAACAGGUGUAUAUUACUCAAAAGUGACAGAAGGUCUAUUUACUCGUAAUACCAGCUCGACAACAAGAGGCAACUCUAUGAAAUUAGUAAAAUAUAGAAGCAGACUAGACAUAAGAAAAUACUACUUUACUAACAGAGUAGUGGAAGUAUGGAACAGCCUACCAGACAUCGUAGUGACCGCAAAGAAUGUAAAGAUUUUUGGAAAUCGCCUAGACAGGCAUUGGAAAGAACACCCAAUGAUAUAUAACUUUGACACUGAAUACACCUAUAACACCGGAAGUAGCACAAGUGUAGUUAGUGACGAUGAACCAGAGCCAAAUAUAGAGGAGCAAACUGAUCUCCUGCGUUUGGAAACACUUAGGUAG